GUUGCAGCAUCCCUGGAAGUGUCAGAGAGCCCUGGGAGUAUCCAGGUGGCCCGGGGUCAGACAGCAGUCCUGCCUUGCACUUUCACUACCAGUGCUGCCCUCAUUAACCUCAAUGUCAUUUGGAUGGUCAUUCCUCUCUCCAAUGCUAACCAACCUGAACAGGUCAUUCUCUAUCAAGGUGGACAGAUGUUUGAUGGUGCCCCCCGGUUCCAUGGUAGGGUAGGAUUUACAGGCACCAUGCCAGCCACGAAUGUCUCUAUCUUCAUUAAUAACACGCAGCUAUCAGAUACAGGCACCUACCAGUGUUUGGUCAACAACCUUCCAGACAGAGGGGGCAGGAACAUUGGGGUCACUGGUCUCACAGUGUUAGUUCCCCCCUCUGCCCCACACUGCCAAAUCCAAGGAUCCCAGGAUAUUGGCAGCGAUGUCAUCCUGCUCUGUAGCUCAGAGGAAGGCAUUCCUCGACCAACUUACCUUUGGGAGAAGUUAGACAAUACCCUCAAACUACCUCCAACAGCCACUCAGGACCAGGUUCAAGGAACGGUCACCAUCCGGAACAUCAGCACUCUGUCUUCAGGUUUGUACCAGUGCGUUGCUUCUAAUGCCAUUGGAACCAGCACCUGUCUUUUGGAUCUCCAGGUUACUUCACCUCAGCCCAGGAGCAUUGGACUAAUAGCUGGAACCAUUGGCACUGGUGCAGUUAUUAUCAUUUUUUGCAUUGCACUAAUUUUAGGGGCAUUCUUUUACUGGAAAAACAAAAAUAAAGAGGAGGAGGAAGAAGAAAUUCCUAAUGAAAUAAGAGAGGAUGAUCUUCCACCUAAAUGUUCUUUUUCUGCCAAAGCAUUUCACACUGAAAUAUCCUCCUCGGAGAACAACACAUUGACCACCUCUUCCAAUACUUACAACAGCCGAUACUGGAGCAACGAUCCAAAAGUUCAUAGAAAUAUGGAGUCAUUCAACCACUUCAGUGACCUGCGCCAGUCUUUCUCCCUCCACUCAGGCAAUGCCAACAUUCCAUCCAUUUAUGCUAACGGGAACCCCCUGGUCUCAGGUCCACAUAAGACUGUGGUAGUGACAGCUAAUAGAGAGUCAUCUCCGCAGGUUGUAUCCAGGAGCAAUGGCUCAGUCAGCAGGAAGCCUCGGCCUCAGCACAUACACUCCUACACUGUCAGCCAAGCAAUGCUGGAGCGGAUUGGUGCAGUCCCUGUCAUGGUGCCUGCUCAGAGUCGGGCUGGGUCCCUGGUAUAG